GCGGCAGCGGGGAUGGGACAAGCGCGCAGCACUCAAGACCUCGCAAACCGCUCGGCUUGCCCAGCGUGGAAGUGCGAUGGGCACCCAGCGUGCCGGGCACAGGGGCUGAGCGCGGCCCCGCGCGGAGCCGCCUGCCAGCCGGUGCCCGGAGCCUCGUGCCUGCCGCCCACAGCCGCGCCGGAGGGCCAGCGCGCCCGGAGCCACCAUGACUCAGGGCUUCUGGAGACUCUACAAGUCCAAGGUGCUGCAGACGCUGGGCAGCGAGGAGCCGGAGGACGAGUUCAAGGAGGAGAGCGACAACCCCGAGCUGGUGGAAACGGCCGAGGCCCCGGUUUUGACGGAGGCCGGAGCAAACCCCGUGGCCCAGCUGGCACGGAGGGUCCAGGGAGCCAGCGCCAAGAGCUGGAGGACCUUCUCGUCGCUCUUCAACAGGGAGGAUGAGCACCAGCUGCUGACGCCCGAGCCCUGCGCUGACCACCCCCUGGCAGCCAAGCCGGCAGAGCUGCCACCGUCCGAGAGGAAGGCCUCCGGCUUCUGGGACAUCUUCGCCACCAAAUGGCAGCAGACCACCGUGCUGGACAAGAAGGGCGCGCAGCCCGAGUACAGCAAGCCCGUGGGUGAGGAUGCCACUGGGGCGGCCGGAGAAGCCCUGAGCGACGAGGCCACCUACCCCAGCAAUGGCAGUGACCUCCGGGAUGCGGAGGAGGGGCCGUUCCGCUGGGGCCUCCUGGCCAGCAAGCUGGCCGAGAUCCGGAAUAAAACCCCCUCCAAGAGCAACUAGGGGAGAAGGCCCAGCCGAUGGACAGCCCCUGCAAAGACUCCCACGGCACUGCCAGGGGCAGGUCUCCUCUUCCCCCCACUCCCAGACUGCCCCCGGGAGCUGCGGGGCUGGGACAGGACCAUCCAGCAUCAGGUAGCUGCUCCCCCGACCCUGGAAAUGAGAGCGGCAUCGUCUCCCAGGCUCGACCACCUUCCCUUCCCCGUCCUCGGCACUGUAUUGGCAGCAUCACCGUUUGAACAAGGCACUGGGAUGCCGGGGUCUCCUCCCCGCUAGGACAUGGCAGCCUGCAACCCUCUGCAGGGGCUUUGCAAAGCAGGGAGGAUGGGCGCAGCCGGCGAGGGCUGCAGUCCGGGCGGGAGAAACCUCUCACGGCUCGACCCUGAAUGGGCAGGAGAGACCGAGAGUAUCCCCCUGCCAGUGUCCCACGGUGUGGUGCCCGGGUCGUGCCCCUGGGGUGGGAGACGCGGAGCCUGACCCCAGCCAGCUCCUCUCCCUGCUGGCGGGGCUCUCGCUCCUGUGGGAAUCUCACCCGCCGUGAGACGGGGAGAGGGGAUCGUUACAGGGACCAGGUUUCCAGAGCCAGCCCCCUUUACCAGCCGUCUCGAGUAGGUCACCCCAGAACCGAGGCCCUGGGCACACUUUAAAGACUCGUGUCACAGGAGCUGGGCUUCGCUCCGGCACCGCACUGGAAGCGAGAGCUCCAGCGGGUGCUGAUGGGUGCUGGGACCCUGCCCCCUCCAAGGGGGAUGUCCCCAGGGUCACCAGUGCCGGACAGACCCCGGGUGACUCCCCGAGCACGACCCUGUAUUUGUGCAGCUCCAAGCUCCCUCCGCGCGCCAACAGGGCUUGCCUUGUGCUCUGCCAGGCGGGCAGGGCAGGGCAGGGCAGGCCGCGUCCCUGCUGCUGUGGUUGUUUAAC